AUGUCAUUUCAAGACAACGAUAAUGAUAGUAAUAAUAAUAACAAAUUGAUACAAUCGAAAAUAAUUCUUCAAAAAAUCAUUAGUCUAUCAAUUGGUUCAUUAGAUUUGGAGAGUGAUUUCAGAUUAUGUGUCGAUGAUGUUUGCUACCAAACAAGAAUAAAAAAACCUAUUAAACUUGUAUUGAACUAUGUUUUGGUUUGUAAAGAAUGGUUCAAUAUCAUAUCGAAAACAAUUGCCACAGAUUAUCUGUUCAAAGACUCACGAUACAACAAACAAGAACAAUCACAACUUUUAAAGAAAUCUAUUGAUUAUCUUUCAAAGAGUCAAUCGGUAUUUCAGUUAAGCACAAUCAAAAAUUUAUAUUUAUUGGAUAGAGUUCAAAUUGAAAUAGAUAAAGACUCAAAUAUCUGUGAGUAUCUCUUAAAGUUUAGCAAUCUAGAACGAUUGUCAAUCUUCACCAACAACAUGAAAUUGAUUAAGGAUAUCAUUCGUCUCAAACCUUCACUCAGAAUUCAUUUGUAUAUCGAUAACUUUAUAUUCUAUGUUGAUUAUACUGAAAUAGAAUCACUAGAUCAAGACUAUUCACAGUUGGAACAAGUAAUAAUGACUACAAGUGACCUGGCGGCCGAUGGAUCUUAUGAUCGUGGUUAUAAGUUUGAUUUCAGUCCGAUCAAGAGAUGGCGUGUCAACACUCUCUAUUUCGAAUAUGAUGGCGGUGGUCAUAGCAGUGGAGCACUUCACAUUCCUUAUUCCAAACUUUUUAAAAUCGAUUCACUGAUAUCCAUUACAAUAUGUGACGAGGAUUAUGUCGAUAUCAAAGAGUUAAAACUGAUUGUUAACGAUCAUAUUGAAUCAUUCAAAGCUUCAUCGAUUCUAAGUUUAUUUGGAAAGGAUGAGAAUGAUGAUAUUGGAUAUUGUAGUUGUACCUAUGGUUCCGAAGAUGAUCAUACCGAAAUGAUUGCAAACAACAACCAAACUGGUGAAUGGUUAGAGUUUUGUCAAAGACUCUCCAACAAUAAAUCCUUGAAAACACUGUCAUUGUCAAACUUUUGUUCGAAUCACAAGAUAAGUGAUGAAUCAACAUUCAAAUUAGUAUCCCAAAGCUUUUCUCAAUCAUUAUUGGUCAAUACUACACUCUCUAAUCUUGAAAUAUCAUGUGAUAUUCUUGGUGAAUCAUUUUACUCUUUACUCUCUCACAAUAAUAAUACAACGAUAAACAAACUUAUACUCUUAAAUCUCAAUGAACAACAUCUUAUGUGGACACUCGACAUGUUGAAAUCCAAUAAACAUAUUAGAAAGUUAGAUAUUGAAUCAUAUACCGAUAAAAUCGAUUGGGGAUACAAAGAAAACGAACAGAUGAAAGAGCUAAUUAAAGAGUUUAUAACCACAUUCAACAGCAUAUCAUCAAAGUGUCAUAAAAUCAUAGUACACACUUCUGGUCAAAAGAUUACUUAUGAUUUCUUUAAUGACUUACUAAAUGACAAAGAAAACCUUGAACUUUGUCAGAAACAUUGGAAUACCGAAGGUUAUAAAUUAACAAUAAAGAGAAAAAUCUAA